AUGACGAUGUCCGUAACUUUGGGCAUCUUCAUCUAUGAGGGCACAGCUUACAAUUUGAUGUUUCUCUCACGUGUGCUGCCUGCUGUUGGCAAGGCAGAUUACAUUCCUUUCUUCUUCCUUCUCUUCAACACCAUUUGGGCAAUGGCUCUGAUCGCCUACGUUCGAGCUUAUGCCACCCAGCCUGGCAAGGUACCUCUUAGCUGGCACGAAUUUGUGAAAGAUGUUGGCCCGGCCUUGCCAGUGGUUCCUUCUACCGCACGAUGGGCUCCGGGAAAGGCGACAUACUGCCGAAAGUGCAGCAUCCCUCGGCCAGAGCGAGCUCAUCAUUGCAAUGUGAGUGGCUUUUGCGUGCUGCGCAUGGACCACUACUGCCCUUGGAUCAACAACUGCGUGGGCCUGGGGAACUACAAAUUCUUCCUUCAGCUGGUGAUGUAUGGCAGCAUUUGCGCCUUCAUCGGCAUUCUCACGUCCCUCCCAGAGUUCUUCCUGGUGUUGGGAAAGAUUUUUGGCCUCGAUAGCGACAUGUGGCAGGCCAAUCUGCAAAUCACCGACAUGAUCGCUUUUGUGAUGUUUGAAGGCCUGGCGAUCUUCCUCUCGGCCCUGCUGGUUCCAAUGCUGUUCACCCAUAUUCCCCUGGCCUGUAACAACACGACGGCCAUCGAGGCCAACUACACGAACAUCGAAAAUCCAUAUCAUUUGGGAAGCAGACUGGCGAAUCUGGAGCAGGUCUUUGGAACCUUUGGGCCCGACUGGUUUUUUCCCGUGAAGCCCUUUGAGCCGAAGGGCGAUGGGGUCUCCUUUCCCCGCUGGGACGAACCCUUAGGCUUCGAUGAUCGUCCCAUCGAUGAGGAGAUGCUACAGGGGGAGCAACUUUGGCGAGUGAGGUAUCAGGUGCGCAAUGCUCGUCCCAACCCUCAAGAGCAAGAAUUUGAUCCCCUGCGAACGCUCACCCAUUGGUUCACGGGCUUCGAUGAAGAGCCCAUCAGUCCAGGCCACAACGCAAACAUGGGAUGUGGAAUGAACUGA